AGUUUGAGAAGGCUUUGUGGAGGGAAGCAGAAUUUCAGUUGUAAUUGUUUUUGUUUUAUUUUUUUUAUUUGUUUUAGGAGAACUGGAGAAUAUAGUUUUUGUUUUAGUUAUACAGUCCCCCACUCCUACUCGGACUCCAACACAGUAGGUGGCGGUAUUGCACCGUGCCAUUGGCGCCUUCCGCGAUUGAAACCACAAGAAGAAGAAGAAGAAACUAGCUUGUCAUCCCUGAGUUCCAACUCCAUCCUGCUCCAUGACUUAGCUCGAACCAGCACAUUUCAACUAAAAAAUAGCUCUAAAUCUGCCACCAUGACGGAUCCAAGAAUAAGACAAAUCAAAAUCAAAACGGGCGUCGUUAAGAGACUGGCGAAGGAAAAGGUGUCUUACAUCUCCGAGGAGAAGCAGCAACAAGCAAAGAUUGAGCGUAUGAAAGCAGAGGACGGAGACGUCUACGUCAUCAAGAAGCAGAUGGAGGUUCUGCAGGAGUGCAAAAUGAUGAUUCCAGACUGUCACCGCCGUCUGGCCAUCGCACACGCAGACCUGCUUCAGCUGCUCGAAGCAGAGGAGGAUCUGGCGGAGUCAGAGGAGUACAAAGAGGCCAGGACGAUGCUGGACUCUGUGAAGCUCGACGAAUGACGCGUUCCCACUCUGUCGCCUACAACGUCCAUUCCAUUCGUCAAGGCCUUUCCCGGUGGAACCGUGAAGCCCAGCCCAGCUCACUCUUCGUUUCUGCUCUGUUGUAAUUAUUUCUGCUUUGUGAAAACCACUAGAACACGGUGAAAAAUGUUGACUAUACACUGAAAAAACCUGGACUUCUUUUUGUUUUGUUUUUUAUUUCAAUGAUUCCUAACGAUGUACGGUGGUAAAAUCCAGUUUUAAACGUUUGUAAGGACACGUCGUGUCCCCAAAUUGAUGCAUCAGCUGAGUGUGUUUCUCUGCUGCCGUUUACAGCUGUGAUCCUGAUGCCUUCAAUAAAGAUGAGAGCUCUUUGGGGAA